AUGGCCGCCCGCCGAAGAGAGCAACCAACUCUUGAUGAGCGCACGCCUCUGAUCACCGAUGCUGAAAAUGCUGGAGCUUCGAGUUCUACUCCGUCGGGGAAUAGGGAUGAUGCACGAGGUCAGGUUCCGACCAGGGUAGCUUAUCGCCUAUACACAUCACACUUCCUGUCAACCUGGAACUCCCGCGUCUUCGAAUUCGGGGCCGUUCUGUAUUUGGCCUCGGUCUUUCCAGGAACACUGCUACCUAUGUCUGCCUAUGCGCUCUCUCGUGGGCUAGCGGCGAUCAUCUUCGCUCCGGCGGUGGGACACUACAUCGAUGUCGGCAACCGUUUGCAGGUCGUUCGGCUUUCAAUCGUAUUACAACGGCUUGUUGUGGCUGCAUCGUGCGCGAUCUUCUAUCUGCUAGCAAUCGACCUUCCAAUGAAACGAGUGGUCAAAAAUUGCUUGCUGGUGAUUCUCACGCUGUUGGCUUGCUUGGAGAAGUUAUGCUCUGUCUUGAACAUGGUCUCUGUGGAGAAAGAUUGGGUUGUGAUCGUUGCCGGAGAAGAUUACGGAUUGCUCAGGACUAUGAACGCCCAAAUGAGACGAAUUGACUUGGUCUGCAAACUAAUAGGGCCUCUUUUCAUCGCUCUUAUCGAUGGUAUAUCAACAGAGGCCGCUAUUCUCGUCAAUCUCGGGAUGAAUGUCUGUUCGGUCGUGGUGGAGUACUUCUCGAUCGCCAAGGUGUAUUAUGAAGUGCCGGAAUUACAAGAAACGAAACAUUCAUCACCCACAUUUCGACGGGUAGAACCAGAACAGCAUAAUUUCUUUGUACGCGUCUGGAGAGCUUGCUGUCAAGGUGUACGGCAGGCUCAGGGAGACUUCGGUUUUUAUUUUCGGCAUCAAUUGUUCCUCCCGUCCUUUGCUGGAGCAUUGCUAUACUUGACAGUUCUGUCAUUUUCGGGACAAAUGGUCACUUGGCUUCUGUCCGCAGGCUAUGACUCGACGCAGAUCGCCGUUGCAAGAACCUUGUCUGUCAUAUUUGAAGUGCUGGCCACCUGGGUUGCUCCUGGCCUGAUGGGGAAAAUCGGGCCCAUUCGUGCUGGUAUCUGGCUAGCAAGUUCGCAGAUUAUAUGCCUAGCAGGUGGCAUGGCUAUUUUCUGGAUUUACGCCAGCCAACCUCUACUCUCGGCAUCGGGUCUCGUGGGGGGUACGAUUCUCAGCCGGGUAGGCUUGCGAGGGUUUGAUUUAUGUGCACAGAUUCUUGUUCAGGAGGGUGUUGCAGCCGAGGCGCGAGGCUCUUUUUCGUCGAUCGAAGCUGCUUGGCAGAACCUAUUCGAGAUCUGCUCCUAUAUCUCCACGAUUGUUUUCUCACGUCCGGAUCAGUUCAAGUGGCCGGCCCUCAUUAGUAUGAUUGCCGUUGGACUCGCUGGUUUGCUGUACGCGAUCUUUGUACGGAUCCAACGGGGACACUUGUUGCACCUGCCGAAGUGUAUUGCUCCCGAGCGCCUGCAGCGUUCGAGGGAACGGGGUCUGGAUAGGAUCUGCUCGGCUACUGACUUCUAG